GAUGCUAUUUUACAACACAGUAGAUGUGUAUGGUUUUGUAUAUUUUAUUAAAUUAUGAUGUUCCUAGUAAGGAUGACUGUUUAUUUUUCUUUUGGCUGAGUUUAGAAAUUGUGUAACGAGAAUUAUGAAUUGUUGUAAAUCUAGCAUGUUUCAAUUACUUAUUUUUUAUGUAAAGCGAAUGGUAAAGUAGCAAAGUGCAAGGGAAUAUCACCAAAUAUAAAAUCUUUUAUUGCUUACAACUCUAGCUUAAACCGAUUUACAGAGAUUUGGAAGAUGAAAGUUAAAGAAGAUAGAUAGUACAUACAGUGCAUCGGAUUAUUGGAACAUGGCGGGUUUGGAAUUGUUUACCAGAAAUAGUUUGUCUUCUCUACGAAGUAGUAGUGAAUCGUCCAUACUCGGCCUGAUUCCUGAAUCUCUUCAUCCGAUUUCUGACGAAAACAGUUGGUCCUGGUCUUAUCUCAGAGAACAAUUUCGUGUAAAAAAUGCAGAAUCGCUGUUCCAUAGAUAUCAAGCACGACUCCAACAUGCUAUGUUCAUGGUCGCUCUCAUGCUCAAUAUAUUUUAUAAUGUUAUGUCCAUUGUUAUAUAUUUAGUUUUUACUGAGGACCGCGAAAGUACAGUUUCUUCGGUAUCACUUAGUUUUCGUUGUUUCGGCUUGGCUGUUCAUCUUUCAAUUUUUGUUGUAGCUUAUAAAGAAACAUGGUUCAAAACAGACUAUUCGCGAAUUUUCGUAGCUAGUAUAAUUCUUCUAACAAUGCUAGUAAGUGAACAUGGAACGAGUGUGUAUCAUCUAUCCAAAGAUACUUAUCCUCAUCACAACAUCCGUCAUACCUUCUAUAUUGUCAUAAUAUGCUUCUUAUUGUUGCCAUAUCCUAAUAUAUAUCAAUCUGCUAUUGCUGCUGCAGUGACGACAGCGAUAGAAUUAUGCACAUCUAUAAUGACUUACUCUCAAGAUUCUUCAAACAUGAAAUUAAGGAUUGCUGCUGAUGUCACUUUUUAUGUUAUUAUCAUCUCUGUCUGUCUCUGUAUUAAAUUUUUACUAGAAAUUAUUAACAGAAGAGCUUUUCUGGAUCGUAGAGAAUGUUUCGAAUCUAAAUUUACGUUCGAUUACGAGAAGGAUCAAGAGGAGCAAUUACUACUCAGUAUUUUACCAAGACAUAUCGCCACUCAAGUAAGAGAAGAUAUCAGACGAGUUUUGAAAAGUCUUGAUCAGCAUCCAUUACCUCAAAGGCCCUUUAAUGAAUUGUAUGUUGAAAAACAUAAAAACGUCAGCAUUCUCUACGCCGAUAUCGUUAAUUCUAUGCUUCUAACGGCAAGCUUAGAUGUUAGCGAUCUGGUAGAAACUUUGAAUGAAUUAUUUGGUAGAUUCGAUGAAUGUGCGGAGAAAAACAAUUGCAUGAGAAUUAAACUGCUGGGUGAUUGCUACUAUUGCGUGUCAGGUAUGCCUCUUCAUGAUCCUUAUCAUGCUGAUCACUGCGUGCAUAUGGGAUUAGAUAUGAUCGAAAUUAUAAGGAAAAUUCGAGAUGAAAGACACGUUAAUGUUGAUAUGCGUAUUGGAAUUCAUAGUGGAAACAUAUUGAGUGGUUUAUUAGGACUUAAAAAGUGGCAAUUCGAUAUAUGGUCCAGGGAUGUAACCAUUGCUAGUCGUAUGGAACAAUCAGGAAAAGCUGGACGGGUGCACAUUACGAACGUGACGAAGAAUCAACUGAAAGGAACUUUCGAUUUUCAACCCGGAAAUGGUCAUCUUCGUGAUCCUUAUCUGGCUGAAUAUCACAUUGAAACUUUUCUCAUAGUUCCUCCGUCUAAAAAACCAAUGAGAGAAAGUAUAUAUGAAUCCGUUUCUGAUGGAACUUUUCGCAUCCCGAAUCAUCUCAGGAAAACUUCUAUAUCCGGAAUUCAUAAAAAUAGUUUGAGAUUAUUAAAUUAUUGGUUUAAGAAAUUCAGAAAUGAGAAAUCAGAUGUUAAAGAUAAAUCUCAGGCAAGAAGACCUUCAACCAUGGACAAAGACUUCUUAAGGAUUACAGUUAAAAAUACCCCUAGAAUGACUAUACAGAAGCUUGCAGAAGAUUUUCAAGUGACAGAUCUGAUGCAAUAUCGAAAAAUGGUAUCACAAGUCAAUAGAUAUAUGGAGACAGGUAUAGAGAAUAUGGCUUUAAGUAAAACAGAUCAGUGGUUUAGAUCAGAAGGAAUACAACCUCUUCUACUAAUGUUUCGUGAUUGUAGUUUGGAAUUACCUUACACUCUGCUGCCUGACCCUCCUUUUAAAUAUUAUCUGUUCUGUGUUCUUCUAUUGUACAUAGGAAUGAUCACCAUACAUCUCAUAACCAUGGCCAGAACUUUUUACUUCUGGGUCGCCUACGGAACUACAUUUUUGGUCAUUUUUUUAUCUUUCGUGACUGCAUGGACAGGUUAUCUUUGGAAUAAAUGUCAGAACGACGAUACUACAAACACGACUUAUUCUGCUAAUCUUAUGACUAAAAUAUCGAAGAAAAUAGUGGAAAGCAUCGUCCUCAGAGUGUUCUUAUAUAUUGUCAUUACCAUUAUGCUAUUAUCUUGUGCUAUGUUGGGUCUGAAUGAGUGCUUAUAUCCAACUACAACGAAUAGUAACAAUUCCACAAAUUCAAAUUCGAGUGAAGAACGAUUUAUUUCUUGCGAUUAUCCAUGGUAUUACACUUUUUGCGCCGUCCUGGCCAUGUCAGCAUCAACAGUAUUUUUGAAAAUUCAUUUUCUAGUGAAAUUUGUGGUGAAUUUUUCUGCUUUAUCAAUAUUUUGCUAUCUCAUUUUUCGUCAAGAAUGUGACGUAUUUUCUCGAGAUAAACUGCAUUAUGGUGAUUGGCAUGACUUAACACCCGCAAUAGGACAUUGUUGGUAUUUAACUGUGGUAUGGUUUACUCUGCACGUUUUAGAUCGGCAGUUCGAAUAUGUUAGUCGCUUGGAUUAUUUAUGGAAACGGAAACUUAGACAAGAACAGGAAGAGACUAGAUCCAUGGGAUUAUUGAAUAAAAUGCUCCUACAGAACAUUUUACCCGUUCAUGUUGCAGAGUAUUAUUUAAGAAAGGAUUGCAGGCAUUUAGAUGAACUUUAUCAUGAAGAAUAUACAUCCGUAGCAGUUAUGUUUGCAUCAAUUCCCAAUUAUAUGGAUUUUUAUACAGAAAAUAUAAUUAAUGAUGAAGGUUUGAGAUGUCUACAAUUACUUAACGAAAUUAUUUGCGAUUUUGAUAAGUUGUUAUAUGAACAACCUUUCCAUAAAAUCGAAAAAAUUAAAACGGUCGGAAGUACUUACAUGGCUGCAGCUGGAUUACAACCCGGAAGAAGUUCCCAAGAAAAUGAUAGAGUAGAGAAUCCAGUUGCUAAUGUACUUUUAUUAGUACGAUUCGCGACAAUGAUGAUGGCUACUCUUCAACAGAUGAAUAAAGAUGCUUGGCAGAGUUUCCAGCUAAGAAUAGGAAUUGCCGUUGGUCCCGUUAUUGCUGGUGUAGUAGGAGCCGUUAAGCCUCAAUACGAUAUCUGGGGAGAUACUGUCAAUAUGGCGAGUAGAAUGGAUAGUACAGGAAUUAUGGGAAGGAUUCAGGUUACUCAAAAAGUGGCGGAAAUUUUAAUGAAAGAAGGAAAUUAUCCAUGCGAGUGUCGCGGCGAGAUAUACGUUAAGGGAAAAGGCCAAAUUGUUACUUUUUUAGUGAAAACACAAUAUGAUGAGGGAGUGGAAGAAACUCAGCUUUAAUGCAUUUCAUAGCAAACGAAAAAUAAUUUAAAACGUAAAAAAAGUGUACAAAGUGUAAAAAAAAAAUACAUUCUAAACUUUUAUUUAAUGCUUCGUAAAUGUUGUUAUCAAUAAAGAGAUUAGCU